CAUGUUGCCUGGGAUUGUUGUUUCAAAUGUCAUACAUUAAUAAACAAAAAAUAAUCAAGGUCUUGCUGACAACGACACAGAUUAUAUGUGGUUGGGUGUUUGGAGAAAGUAAUUUAUUUGAAAGAUUCGGUAGUUCCUACCUGUUAUUACAGACGUGUCUUGGUUUGUUAGUAUGUUUUUUCUGUAACAUUAAUACACAAUGUCGUUUUGGGGUUUAUCUGUAUUGCUUUGUUUUGGCUGGAUCGAUCUUGCAGGAUGAAUUAAGCUGGUUUUAUAUCAUUGUUGUUAUUUUGAUUUCAGUUGUCAUGUUUAUACAGUUACAUAAACAAAACUAUAGUGUAAUGUUCGACAACUUCAACAAGUUUUCAAACACACUAGAUAAAGGGAAAGUCAAGUUCGUAGCGGAGUUCACCUAUCCUAUGUAUUAUGUGUUGAUGUUUAUUGUGGCAUUAAUAUACAAUUACUGCAUUAAUGACUUAUCUGAGUUAGGUGUUAAGGGUCAAAGGUCCAUACUUUUGUCAACACUUGGUAUGUGCUGCUGUACAAUUUUAUCAUCAAAUGCUAUGGCUUCUAUAAUAGUUUCAAUCUCAAAAAGAUUACUUAAGGUUUGCUACCUCACCGUCACAGGCACGUUUGAAAUUGAAGGUGAACUUGUUUUGCAACCUUCAUAUAUAUUCAGCGUCAUUUUCUUUUUAAUAAACGUAGUUAUAUCGGACAUGGGACAUUAUGAGCGUGGACAACUAGUUGUCAGCAGGUUAUUAUUGAUUUUGGCCUUGUUUGUUAGUAACUGUUUACUCCUGAUAGAAACAAUGACAUCAAAAGUAGAAUUUAUACAAGGAAAUAUGUUAACCUGCGUACGAGUUAUCUGUAUUCAAUUGAUGUUUGUUUUAGGUCCUGCAAUAAUAAUGUAUUAUAUGUAUUGUCACUAUACUAUGGAUAAUUUAGGAAUCUUUUUAACAAUGUCAAGUUAUCUUACAAAUCUAAUAUUCGCUGUUUACAUUCUAUUUCUUUAUAUUCUAUUCAAAUACGAUGCAAUUUGCCAAACUUUCUGGGAUGGAUUUGAUAACCUGGUGUUUAAUAUUCGAAUUGGCAUGGGGAUUUUUAUAAUAUUGAUUCAAAUAUGCACGGUGGUUUUCUCUGUGUGGACACUAUUCUUUGGUUUUUAUAGUUGGUUAGAGUUGUUGCGUUUGGGAUUAAUUUCGUACGUCAAUAUAUACAUCCAAGGAGUCAGAAUACAACGCGUCAUCAGCCAUAAAAAGAAGAUCAGAGAAUUCAUAAAUAAUUUGGUCGACGCUACAUCUGAUCGACUUGCUGGACAUCAAGACGUCUGUUCGAUUUGUUUCCAGGGAUUGGAAGAAGCAAAGGUCACACAAUGUGACCAUUUAUUCCAUGAAUCCUGUAUUCGGAAAUGGCUAAAUGUAAGACUUACUUGUCCAUUGUGUCAAAUGCAAAUAAUCUUAUAAAACUUUAGAAUUCAUUUAUGUAUGUAAUUGUCUUGAAUACAUCCGUGUAGUCACU